GACAAAUCUAUGUCGUUUUUCGGGAAGGAGACCGUCGUGGUUGCCCGCUGGCUCGGACCUUUUCCUAGUCUUUGAAUCCCACCUGCUCCUCCUCCUCCUCCAACGUCUGACUGGGUUAACUGGGCGUCACUCCGGCGGCUCAUCGACCUUCACUUCACUCGAACGAACAGCCAUAGUUAGCAAACAAGCUGCUGAAGCUCACAGUUGUUUAUGUCCCUGCAAUUAUUCAAUCCCAAAUGUCAACCACCCUGCAUGUUCAAUCACCAUUAGAAAAUAAUCGAUUUGGGCAUUACCCAUUUCAGUCCCGGCCCUGAGGCGGAGCUCCGAUGGGGAAAGUCUCGAUCUUGGCCGCAGCGGCGGCGCUGCUGAUGCUGCUGGCGGGGCGCGGCUCAGCCGUGACGGUCGGGGAGUCGCCGUACAGGAUCCACACGCUGUUCUCGGUGGAGUGCCAGAACUACUUCGACUGGCAGACGGUGGGGCUCGUCCACAGCUUCAAAAAGGCCCGGCAGCCCGGGCCCGUCACCCGGCUGCUCAGCUGUACGGACGAAGAGCUCAAGGGCUACAGGGGCAUGGACCUGGCCCCCACCAUGGUGGUCCCCUCCAUGAGCAAGCACCCCAAGACCGGUGAUUGGUACCCUGCAAUCAACAAACCUGCUGGGAUAGUCCACUGGCUAAAGCACAGCAAAGAUGCAGAUAAUGUGGACUGGGUUGUCAUUCUGGAUGCAGACAUGAUAAUCCGAGGCCCAAUUAUACCGUGGGAGCUUGGUGCAGAAAAAGGCAGACCAGUCGCGGCAUUAUAUGGGUAUCUUAUUGGUUGUGACAAUAUUCUUGCAAAAUUGCACACACACCACCCUGAACUCUGUGACAAGGUUGGGGGACUUCUAGCAAUGCACAUGGAUGAUCUUCGAAAGCUCGCACCGUUGUGGCUCUCAAAAACGGAGGAGGUUCGAGAAGAUAGGGCCCACUGGGCAACUAACAUAACCGGAGAUAUUUAUGGAAAAGGAUGGAUCAGUGAGAUGUAUGGAUAUUCUUUUGGUGCUGCUGAAGUUGGGCUCCGGCACAAAAUCAAUGAUGAUCUGAUGAUUUACCCGGGCUAUAUUCCACGACCUGGAGUCGAACCUAUUCUUCUUCACUAUGGUCUCCCAUUUACUGUUGGGAACUGGUCAUUUAGUAAAUUAGAUCACCAUGAUGAUGCUAUUGUUUAUGACUGUGGCCGGCUUUUUCCUGAACCUCCUUAUCCUAGACAGGUAAGACAGAUGGAGCCUGACCCGAACAAAUUGAGAGGUCUAUUUCUCAGCCUAGAAUGCAUUAACUCUUUAAAUGAGGGCCUUUUGCUUCAUCAUGCAGCAAGUGGGUGCUCGAAGCCAAAGUGGUCAAAGUAUCUGAGCUUCCUAAAGAGCAAAACUUUCGCGGAUCUUACCUCACCAAAAUAUUUAGUCCCUAAGAGUAUGACAACUGAGAAGGAGGACGAAACAGAAGAACACGAAACACCAAAUGAACCUGAUGUGGCUCAUCCGAAAAUUCAUACAGUCUUUUCCACUGAAUGUACGCCCUAUUUUGAUUGGCAAACGGUGGGGCUCAUGCAUAGUUUUGGUUUGAGUGGUCAGCCUGGGAAUAUCACGAGACUCCUCAGCUGUACAGAUGAAGAUUUGAAGAAGUACAAAGGCCAUGAUCUUGCACCCACCCACUAUGUUCCAUCAAUGAGCCGUCAUCCUUUAACGGGGGACUGGUACCCUGCCAUUAACAAGCCAGCAGCUGUUCUCCACUGGCUUAAUCAUGUAGAUAUUGAUGCUGAGUUUAUUGUGAUUUUGGAUGCUGAUAUGAUCCUAAGAGGGCCAAUCACUCCUUGGGAGUUUGGUGCCGCUCGUGGCCGCCCAGUUUCAACUCCAUAUGACUAUCUCAUUGGGUGUGAGAACGAGCUCGCAAAACUCCAUACACGUCACCCUGAUGCCUGCGACAAGGUUGGAGGUGUAAUAAUCAUGCAUAUCGAUGAUCUGCGACAGUUUGCAAUGCUAUGGUUGCAUAAGACUGAGGAAGUUCGAGCAGACAAAGCUCACUAUGCAACAAAUCUCACUGGAGAUAUUUAUGAAUCGGGGUGGAUUAGUGAGAUGUAUGGUUACUCUUUUGGAGCAGCAGAGCUUGAACUAAGGCAUAUAAUAAACGGAGAGAUUCUCAUAUAUCCUGGCUAUGUCCCGGAACCUGGAGUCAAGUAUCGAGUUUUCCACUAUGGGCUUGAAUUUAAAGUUGGGAACUGGAGUUUUGACAAGGCCAACUGGAGAGAAGUCGACGUAGUCAACACCUGCUGGGCUGAGUUCCCGGCUCCUCCUGACCCGUCAACCCUACACCACACUGAUGAGAACCUCCUAAAGAGGGAUCUCCUCAGCAUAGAAUGUGCCAAAACCCUGGAUGAGGCCCUACGCUUGCAUCACGUCAGGCGGAAGUGCCCUCCGCCCGGGACCUUGAAGGGGCUGGUUGACUCGAAGGAAACUGAAACGACGGUUUCAAGAAAGUUUGGACAAAUAGAGAGAACUUUUGCUUUUAACAAAAGUCCCAGCGAGUCUUUUUCCACUUGGAAACUUUGGCUGGUCGCUAUGUGGAUUUUUGUUGGAUUAGGACUGUUGACAGUUGCAUCUGUGCUUUUCUCGGGUCGUAAAGGGAAGAAGCCAAAGGGGAAAGGCUAUAGAAGUAAGAGGAGAUCGUCCUACGGAGACGAUAGAUAUGUCCGAGGCUCGGACUGAUCCUUCAGAGCCCUAAACUGUCAGGUAGACUUGUAUUGUUCAGAAUGCGAAAAUGGAGAUGGUCCCCCAACUUCGAGAAGUGAAGCCGCCAUGAAGAUAAAGUUGACUAGCUGACCAUGUAACUGCUUGUGCUGACAGAAAAUGCCGAGGAAAUCGAAGUUCCACUGACUGAUGCAAGUUAAGAUGAGACUUUAGCCCGACGGUCAGCUUUGAGGAUGUAUUAAGAGCUGCAAGAUAAUUUCUUCUGUUUCUCUUUUUUAUUUCAUACAUGAGGGAUAUUUGUGAAAAGAAGUUGGACACGCCGGACAUGGCGAUAAGAAAGUGAAUUAUAUAGAUUGAGAUGAUUCUUGGUUUUUGGUUUAGAAGAUAAUCUUAGCAAAGUCUCUCGUUUUUAUGAUGCUGGACCUCUGAAAGAAAAGGAAGAAUGAAUCCGGUACAAGGAGAGGGAGAGGGGCUGGCAGGGAGCCUUAGCUGCAGCGAGGUCGGCGGCGUGCUUGGAUUCGUGACGCUCCCACACCUUUGAUGUCAAGAUCUGACUCCAAGGUCUUCAUAGAAAGUUAGCAACAAUGCGGGGCUCUAUGCCCUUGGGAAAUUUACAAUUUGAACGUUGAUAGAUGCUCCAAAAUUUGCUCCGUCUCAAUGUGCUCCCUGAAGUUGUGGUUAUUUCACUUCGCCCCCUGUGCCAAUCGGCUAGCUAGACGCUCUCUUGAGGUAUUUUUCCUAGACAUUCAGACCGCUUGUUGUUAACAGAUAUUGUUGAGGUUCUA